AUAAUUGAACAUACUCGUGCCCUGACGGGUAAAAUACAACAAAAACACAGAUCCCUAUUUAGCUUAAAACUAAUCACAUCAGCGACAGUAAAUUCCCAAAAACAAAAAACAACGAAUCGUAGCGUGCCAGGCAAUGAAUCAGAGCUUAGCCGCCAUUUCCACGUUUUGACACUGCAUAUUUUACGGCAGUCGAAAGCUAUAAUGGCAGCUUCCACAGUAAACAAAACCACGAGUUAUAAAGAAUUUAAUAACACAAUAAUGAAAAAGGUCCUUGUUGUUGGAUUGACAUGCCUUGAUAUACUAAAUAUAUGCGAUCAUUUUCCAGAGGAGGACGAGGAUAUGAGAGUUAUUUCACAGCAGUGGUUAAAAGGGGGAAAUGCAGCUAAUACCGCUUGCGUUCUUGCACAGCAUCAAGGCUUAGAAGUUCACCUGUUGUCGUGUCUCUCUGGAAAAAACGAACACCUGUUUAUUUCGGAAGAAAUUAAAAAUGCGGGAGUGAACAUUGACUUGUGUCCUAUUUAUGAAAGGAUGUUUUCUACUUCAACCUGCAUUAUUAACAAAAAGACUGGUUCGCGUACAAUUUUACACUGCCCUGGCGAAUUUCCAUCCUUAAAGGUAGACGACUUUUGUAAAGUUAACGCCAAGUCUUAUGAUUGGAUUCAUUUUGAAGGUAGAGAUUUACAAGAGUAUGGGACUAUGAUUGAUUAUGUUACUGAAACACGGGGCUCAUCCGCAUAUCCUGUUAUAUCAGGUGAAAUGGAGAAGGUUAAAAAACUACCAGAUUUAGAAAAAUAUAUUUUGCCCAAGGUAGAUGUUCUAUUUGUUAGCAAAGAUAUUGCCUUGCAUAAGUCAAUGUUGACCCCAAACAUUACCGUACACAAAUUUAGUCUUAACAAAAGUAUAAAAGCACAAUUUAUAAUUUGUCCAUGGGGUAGUGUUGGUGCUGCUGCUGCGGAGAGGGUUGAUACAACUUGGAAAUACCAUAGUUGUGAUGCAAUAAAAUUGGACCAAGUGGUUGACACACUUGGAGCUGGUGACACCUUUAUAGCAGGAGUAAUCUUUUGCAUGAUAAAGCAAGAAGGAGUGUUAAGUGCAAUACAGUAUGCGUGUUGGAUAGCAGGUAAAAAGUGUGGGCAAUAUGGUUUUAAGGGAUUACUAACUUGAAUAUGUUAGAUGGUAUUUUCUGCAUUAGGCGUCAAUGCUUAUAAGGGGAAAGGAUAAUGACUGGGUUAUAAUAGUUUUGUUGAUUUAAGUUCACAGGUUUUUCAGUAUGAACAUAUUAAAAAAAGUUUUAGUGUAACUUAUUGGUGCUAAUUUUUUUAGAAUUAUUUUUUCGCGAUUUUUCUAGCAUUAAUAA